UUUCCUGCCGUUUGUUUACCCGCCGUUUGUUUACCCCUUGACUUCUGUUUAUACACACAACUGGAUUUGCCUACAUUCUACAAGCCCAAAUUCAAAGAAUGUAUGAAUAAUUGGAGUAAAAGCUGCACAAUGUCCUUGAAGCCGCGGGUGGUGGAUUUUGAUGAGACCUGGAACAAGCUGCUCACCACCAUUAAGGCUGUGGUGAUGCUGGAUUACGUGGAGAGAGCAACAUGGAACGAUCGCUUCUCUGAUAUUUACGCGCUCUGUGUUGCAUAUCCCGAACCCUUGGGUGAACGUCUGUGCACAGAGACAAAAGUAUUUCUGGAAAAUCAUGUUCGUCAGCUGUAUAAGAAAGUGCUGGAGUCUGAAGAAAAAGUCCUGCCAAUGUAUCACAGAUAUUGGGAGGAGUACAGUAAGGGUGCUGACUACAUGGAUUGCUUAUAUCGGUAUCUUAACACACAGUUUAUAAAGAAAAACAAACUGACUGAAGCAGACAUGCAGUAUGGCUAUGGAGGGGUUGAUAUGAAUGAACCGCUGAUGGAGAUAGGAGAGCUUGCCCUGGAUAUGUGGAGAAAGCUGAUGAUCGAACCACUUCAAGCCAUGCUGAUCAGAAUGCUUCUAAAAGAAAUCAAAAAUGACCGGUGUGGCGAGGAUCCAAAUCAGAAAGUAAUCCAUGGGGUUAUCAACUCCUUUGUUCACGUUGAACAGUACAAGAAAAAGUUUCCUCUAAAGUUUUAUCAAGAGAUAUUCGAAGGGCCGUUUCUGACAAAAACAGGCGAGUAUUACAAACAAGAAGCCUCAAACCUACUACAAGAGACCAGUUGUUCUCAAUAUAUGGAAAAGGUUUUGGGGCGGUUGAAAGAUGAAGAGGUGCGAUGUCGGAAGUACCUGCAUCCAAGUUCAUAUGCCAAAGUGAUCCAUGAAUGCCAACAGAGAAUGGUGGCUGACCACUUGCAGUUCCUGCAUGGGGAGUGCCAGAAUAUUGUCAGGCAAGAGAAGAGGGAUGACAUGGCGAACAUGUACACACUGCUGCGGGCUGUCUCUAAUGGCUUACCUCACAUGAUUCAGGAGCUACAGGUUCACAUUCGUGACGAGGGGCUCCGCGCCACCAGUAACCUCUCUCAGGAAAAUAUGCCAACCCAGUUUGUGGAGUCUGUAUUAGAGGUUCAUAGUAAAUUUGUCCAGUUGAUCAACACAGUGUUGACUGGGGACCAGCACUUUAUGAGCGCACUUGACAAGGCUUUGACUUCAGUAGUAAACUACAGAGAGCCAAAAUCUAUUUGCAAAGCACCUGAACUGCUUGCUAAGUACUGUGACAAUCUGCUUAAGAAAUCAGCAAAAGGGAUGACAGAGAAUGAGGUGGAGGAUAAGCUGACAAGCUUCAUCACUGUCUUCAAGUACAUUGAUGACAAAGAUGUCUUUCAGAAGUUUUAUGCUAGAAUGCUUGCUAAGAGGUUAAUACAUGGGCUUUCCUUAUCUAUGGACUCGGAGGAAGCCAUGAUCAACAAACUGAAGCAAGCAUGUGGUUAUGAGUUUACAAGCAAACUGCACAGAAUGUACACAGACAUGAGUGUUAGUGCCGACCUUAACAACAAAUUCAACAACUUUAUUAAAACCCAGGAGACCGUGGUGGACCUGGGCAUCAGCUUUCAAAUCUACGUAUUACAGGCAGGUGCUUGGCCCCUCACACAGGUCCCUUCUUCCACGUUUGCAAUCCCUCAGGAACUAGAGAAGAGUGUACAAAUGUUUGAGCUGUUUUAUAACCAGCAUUUCAGUGGAAGGAAGCUGACCUGGCUACAUUAUCUCUGUACAGGUGAAGUAAAGAUGAACUACUUGUCCAAACCUUAUGUGGCCAUGGUUACCACGUAUCAAAUGGCAGUGCUGCUGGCUUUUAAUAACAGCGAGACAGUAAGUCAUAAGGAGCUGCAGGACAGCACGCAAAUGAACGAGAAGGAGCUGCAGAAGACCAUUAAGUCGCUGUUGGAUGUCAAGAUGAUCAACCAUGACUCUCAAAAAGAGGAAAUUGAGUCCGAGUCCACUUUCUCAUUAAAUAUGAGUUUCACAAGUAAAAGAACCAAGUUUAAGAUCACAACAUCAAUGCAGCGGGACACACCACAGGAGGUGGAACAGACGAGGAGUGCUGUGGACGAAGACAGAAAAAUGUAUUUACAGGCUGCUAUAGUGAGGAUCAUGAAAGCCAGGAAAAUACUGAGACACAAUGCGCUCAUACAAGAAGUGAUAAACCAGUCCAAAGCUCGUUUCAACCCCAGUAUCAGCAUGAUAAAGAAGUGCAUUGAGGUGCUUAUCGACAAGCAGUACAUAGAGCGGAGCCAGACCUCUGCGGACGAGUACAGCUAUGUGGCGUGAAAAAAGCCACCUGGUGGACAAAAGCAAACCAUGUCUUAUUUUAAGCUGCAGCUGGCUCAGACUGUCUCCCUUUAAGAUGAUACAGGACUGUGCCUCCACCUGAGGAGGGGAGGGGGAGAAGGGCCUUCAAGUAACCAGGCAGCCAUAAACACCCGCACCUCCCUCCGGCCCAAACCUUUUCUGAUUUUAUGCUGUUUACAACAUCACCAGUGCCACGCCACGUGCGUCAACGGGAAAAAAGAGAAAAUGCCUAUAGCUAUUAAAGCGUGAGCUACUAAUACACUUUUAAACAAUGUAGUCAUAACCCAGAAUCCAGGCGAGCAAUCGGAUGGGUGGAAAUGUGUCUGAAUUUUAAAAAUAGUGUCUGAGAAAUACAACCAUGUUUCUUUUUUCUCACGUUUGAAGUUGUAGUGUGUUUUUCUUUUUUUAAUGUAUUAAAACGAGAGGAAAAAAGACUAUUGUAAUAAAACUGUUCAACUGUA